AUGAGUCUGCACUCAGCAUUGGGCCAGAAAUUUUUAAGUAGAAAGGCACACUCCUUGUUUGCUAUUGACUUGCACCAUUAUGGGCAGUCCUUACUUCUUGUCUUAAAUGCAGAUAAGCAUCAGAUUCGAGUGUUAACAAGGUCAAGAUCCAAAGCACAAUCAAUAUUUCCGGUUAAAGAUUUUCCAGGACUUGUAAUUGCUGAGGAGCCAGAGUGGAGAAACUGCAUUGAAGGUUCAACAGCUGUUGUAAAUUUGGCUGGAAUGCCCAUUAGUACUAGAUGGUCCCCUGAGAUCAAGAAAGAGAUCAAGCAAAGCAGGAUUAGAGUAACCUCCAAGGUUGUGGAUUUAAUCAAUAAUUCACAGGAUGAUGAUCGCCCCAAAGUUUUAAUAAGUGCAUCAGCAGUUGGUUAUUAUGGAACCAGUAAGACUCGAGUGUUUGAUGAGCAAAGUUCGUCUGGAAAUGACUACUUAGCUGAGGUUUGUAGAGAAUGGGAGGGAGCUGCACUCAAAGUCAAUAAAGAUGUCAGGCUUGCUCUAAUUCGCAUUGGUGUUGUCCUUGGAAAAGAUGGUGGUGCUUUAGCUAAAAUGAUCCCAAUCUUCAUGAUGUUUGCUGGGGGACCUUUGGGCUCUGGAAACCAAUGGUUUUCAUGGAUUCAUUUGGACGACCUUGUAGAUCUAAUAUAUGAAGCUCUAUCCAAUCCAUCCUAUAAAGGGGUGAUUAAUGGAACAGCGCCAAACCCUGUUAGGCUGGCAGAAAUGUGUGAACAACUGGGAUCUGUUUUAGGGCGACCUUCGUGGCUACCAGUACCAGAAAUUGCACUCAAAGCUGUCCUUGGAGAGGGUGCAUCUGUGGUGUUGGAUGGGCAGAAGGUGGUUCCAACGAGGGCCAAGGAGUUGGGUUUUCCAUUCAAAUACCGAUAUAUCAAAGACGCUCUGAAAGCAAUCAUGUCAUGAGACAAUCAAUCAUCAACCAAUUUUCUAUACAUCUUGAAGUGGUCAACUUCAUAGGGUCCAAAAGAGUAUUGAGUUAAUGCAUUUCAAUGGCGUGGGAGAAGAAUGAAGAAACAAAUAACUGUUCUCUUCCUUGUCUGGGCGUAUCACUUUUUCCUAAUUUUUUUGUAAGUCAUAAUUCAAUUUGUAAACAUCAAGCCUGUUUGAAAAGUAUGUGCACCUUCAUACCGGUCAACGCAAGUUCUCCAUGCGUAUUAUAAAUUGAGUCAUUUACAACUAACUUUUCAAGAA